AGGUGAAACCGCUGCUAAAGACAGCAAAAAUUCAGGUGUAUUUAAGUUAAUCGAUUAGCCUUACAUAAGAUGGCGUCUCAAAAACUAGCGAGCUCUCUAUCUAGGUAACAUUCUGGGGCGUCAUAGGCGCACUUCGAAAGCACUAAAUGUUUGGUGUCCAUCUAGACAGCAUUUUGGAGCACCAUUCAAACAUUUGAACGGUCCCUAUUAAGGCUGUCUAGGUGGGCAGCUAACUAUAUAUUUUGAGACAAACACAGAGCCUAAUAAAUAGACAAACGCUAAUGUUACGUAAGGACUUUGGAGUGACAACCUCUACUGAAGUACAACAUGUAUAUAAACAAGAAGGAAUUUCUUAUGUUACGAAUAACUACAUGUAAAUGUACGGCAUAAAUGCAAAUAAGUUCAAUUCCAGCUCACGGUUUCUCAUGACAGACACGGCACACACCACGAUGUUUUAUUCCCAACUCUUCAUCUCGAAACGGGGCACACUGGCCAAGAUCUGGCUGGCAGCUCACUGGGAGAAGAAAAUAACCAAAGCACACGUGUUUGAAUGUGACCUGGAGGCCACUAUCAAGGAAAUCCUAUCCCCCCAGAUUAAAAUUGGUCUGCGAACUUCAGGUCACCUUCUUUUAGGAGUUGUCCGGAUAUACUCAAAGAAGACCAGAUACCUUCUCUCAGACUGCAGUGAUGCGUUGGUCAAAAUUAAAGUGGCUUUCCGGCCAGGACAGACGGACCUGCCUGAGGAUGCAAUGGAGGCCACGUUAAAAGCUAUCACUCUACCAGAAGACUUUACUGACUUUGACACUCAGCUACCUGAUCUCAACACCAUUGAUGUGGUAGACCACUUCUCUUUGAAUCAGUGUCGCACUGAAGAUAUUACUCUCAAAGAGAACUUUGGGAACCACUUUCUCACCAUCGAGGGAAUAGGGGAGGAAAUCCAGUCUUAUCAAGGAUUGUUUGAUCAGAGUUUCAGUGUUCAUGGCGACUGCUUUGGUGAUGAGGAAAUGGCUGUCGACCUCAUCGAUUUUAUAUCGAGUAAUACUGAGGAUGCUCUGAUGCCUGAUUUCUAUGCGGACACUCCUGAUGAAUUACCAGCUACACCUCCUCCAACUGCUGUCGGUGCAGGAGACUCCGAGUCUGUGCAAGCAGAACUUUCCUGUUUAAUGGGUAGGAGCAGUCCAGCCUUGACUGAGACCACUUUCUUGGUAAAUGCAGAGGAAGGUUUCGCUCUUGCACCUGUUGCUGUUACAUCAUCUUCAACAUUGAAAAGAAUGGCGAGGAAGAGGAAGCUGGUGAUUGACCGGUCAAAGGAACUUACCGACGAUGCCAUUAGAGAUCAACUGGCUGACUGCUCUGACCUUUUAACCCCUUUGGAGAUAGCCCCGCCCACUCGGCAGCUCAUGGAGUGGAGGGCGAAUGGAGGAGUGAAGCAGCUGUUCUCAAGUUUUUGCCUUCCAUUUUUACACCCUGACUUAAAGCAGCUGUUCCCUUGUGACACAUCACCUAGGAGACAGGGCUUGGAGGGAGGAGCGAGACAGCAGACUGACCCUGAGGAGAUGAGAGAGCAAACUAGAGAGGAGGUCGGGGAGAACACUGCUGGGCCGGUGCUGGAUGACUGGAGUUUGCUGCAAGACUCUGUUGUUCAAGAUCAAGCAGAAGAUGCAAACACUUCUGUCACUCAUCCAGAACCUCCAACUACCUGGAACACCACCAGUGAGGAGAGUAGGUUGGAGGUGUCGUAUCCAGAGCCUGUCUCCGAGAUCUCCAUGUUUGUUCAUCCAUCUGUAGAGAUGAGGGAAACCCCACUGGUGACACAGACUCAGUCGGCUCUAAACAGCCAGGAUGUGGAGGAUAAGAGACUGACCAGUCGGGCACACGACCUCCUCCAGGCCCUUAAAAGACAAGACUCUUCUCCCAAUGCCGUGUACAGUCUUCACGCUUUAUGUGAGAGCAGAAGUCGUUCAUGUGUGGCAGCCAUGUUUUUCUGCUUGCUGGUGUUAAGGAAACAACAAAUCCUCAACCUGCACCAGAGCUCCCCAUACAGUGACAUUAUCGCCACACCUGGGCCUCUCUUUCUUUCCCUCUAGAACAGGUAGCCAUGAGGCCAUGGAGGGAAAAACAUCUGAGGCUUUGACUCAUUAAAGGGCUUUGCUGUGUCAUACAUGUUCUUAAUUGGAAGCAACUUUGAUGAAUUUCAGGGGUUUUUUUUUUGUUUUUUUUUAAAGAAAUUUAGAGGUGUUAAGAAUCUCUGUGGAGACCUGCUUAAUGCAAUGAAAUGCAUCUGUAUAUAUAUAUAUAUAUAAAAAAAAAAAUAUAUAUAUAUAUAUAUAUAUAUAUAUAUAUAUAUAUAUAAUGUUGUACUCAGAUCUAUGUGAGCUGGGCUAUGGCUGAAUCGUACCGUAGAACAGCACACAACACAGUGAAUUGUCUGGGUCAAAUGAUCAUUAAUAUGAUAGUUUCGGUUUAACCAAUUUAAUGAUCUAAGUAAAUUAACAUUUGUUCAUUACUGAAAAGUGAGUUGCAAUAGCUUGAAAGUCAAGCAUGUAUAGUUCUCUUAGUCUUUUCUUCCUACAGUUUAAUGUAGUAAUAGUUAAGUUUUUAAAACAGUUCUGCUCAAUGUUGGUUAUGUUGAUCUGUAUUUUCUUUUCACCUGAUCCUUAAAAAACAUUAAAUGUAUAAAUCGAAUAAAUAAAUAAGUACCGGUAAAUAUUGCAAAACUAAAAAAAAAAAAUCAUUUACUCUUUCUCCUGUUGUUUCAAACAAUGACAUACUUUCACAAACACUAAAGGAGAAGUUUAGCAGAUUGUUCAGGGUGGUCUUUUAAAAUGAAAGUGAAUGGGGACUGAUGCUAUACUGAGAAAAAUAGCAUCGUCAAAGUAGAUAGAACUCGACCGUUUCAGAUCUCUAAUCUGUCUCUGCAGCUGCUUCAGCAUUACCUUAUAUUAGUGUUCACUGUAUGCUCACUUAACCCUAUAAAGCCUACUGUAUCAUAUUUGAUGCAUGAAUUUCUAAGGCCUCUAGAUUAUCAACCUGAUCAAAACUUUGCUGAAAAACCUGUUUCACCAAUCUUCUCAAUCUUCUACAUGCCUUCUGUCAUCUAAUUUUGAAGAUUUUUGAAGGUUUUUUUUUUUUUUUUUUUAAGCAAGUAAAAGGCCUUUUAGUAUAAUUGUAAAAAUGUCCCCCUUCAGGUCCUUGUUCACGUGUCUUGAGAGCUUAUUGAUUUUUAUAAAGUAAAUGUUAGAACAUAUUUUAUAUUAUUAGUAAUAUUUCAACAUUUACUGGACUGAAGCAACUUAGGUUUACUUGAUUAUCCGUACGUACAUCAUUUAUUAAGAGAAAUCAUGUUAAAAUGUGAGCAUCUAAUAUGAUACAUAAGUCUUUUGAGGAAUGUUUAUUUGUUCAUCUCUCUAUCAUAGUUGUAUUGCAUUGCAUUGCAUUAUGUUUUGCCCACCCCAAUAAAAAAAUACAGAGCAGCUUUGAUCAUAAAACUUUUUAAAUAUCAUCUUAAGACAUUUUAUUGGGAGGGUGACAAUUGAUAUUUAUAUGCAUUAAAUUAGUCUGCUAUACUGUUAUAAAGAUCUCACUGAUUUACAUUACAUAAGGAAUUUCAUCUUACUUUUUGGCCAUAUAAAUAUCAGCAACAGCACAAAAUUGCAUACUUUUGCAGUUUGGGCCUCUGAAUAAAAUUUAAAUUUCCCCAAUUCCCCAAUAAUCUUACUAUGUGAGCCAUAAAUGCCUUAUGUAUCAAAAGUUAAAAUUUAAAAAAAAAAAAAAAAACACAGGCAUAUAUAAACUUUUGUUUUUAGAACUUGUUUUGGUAAAUAUUUUGUCUAAAGGCUCUAUAAACUGUUUCAUUAAAAAAAUAAAUUUUACAGUAUGUCUUGUUUUGAUAUGUUGGUAUUUUAAACUUUAUCCAGCAAAAUCAGUGGUACAAGCAUUUGC